GCUCUCUUUCAGCAGUGUCUGUGUUAUGGUCCUCAGCAUCUCCCAUCAUUGCACCCUGCAUUGCAACGAGGUGUUGCAGUGUUACCUGCCACAAACACUGGGCUGGUGGAGCUGUGCCCAUGGGAGGUUCAGGGUGACCUUGAGCCAGCAGAAAGACAACAGCACCCUGGUGAGGGCACCCAGGGUGGUCCAGGCUGGCUUAUGCCUCUUCCCAGCUCGAUAGAAAGCAAACAAAAACAUAUGCAUAUGUAAGAGCUGCAAGAGAUGACAUGGUUGGCAGAGCAUGUACAAAUGAGAGGGAGAGAAAACAGAUGUUUCUGUUCCACAGUGGUGUUGGGUGUGAAGGACUCCUGCCUAAGAAUGACUCAGCAGAGUGCCCCUACCACAAACCCCUCGGCUUUGAGUCUGGCGCUGUCACUCCUGACCAGAUCAGCUGUUCCAACUCUGAGCAGUACACAGGCUGGUACUCCUCAUGGACAGCCAAUAAGGCCCGCCUCAACGGCCAAGGUUUUGGGUGCGCCUGGCUCUCCAAGUACCAGGACAACGGGCAGUGGCUGCAAAUCGACCUGAAGGAGGUGAAGGUGAUCUCAGGGAUCCUCACACAAGGGCGCUGUGAUGCUGACGAGUGGAUGACCAAAUACAGCGUGCAGUAUCGCACUGAUGAGAACCUCAACUGGGUUUACUACAAGGACCAGACCGGAAACAACCGGGUUUUCUAUGGCAACUCGGACCGGUCAUCCUCAGUGCAGAACCUGCUGCGGCCGCCCAUUGUGGCCCGCUACAUCCGCCUCAUCCCCCUGGGCUGGCACGUGCGCAUUGCCAUCCGCAUGGAGCUCCUCGAGUGCCUGGGCAAAUGUGGCUGAGUGCCCACUGGGUAGAGAUGUGCAGGUGUGUGCCUGUAUGGCCGUCCCAUCUCACUGCUGAUGUGUGUUGCGGCCACGAUCCUGCCGACCCUACAGACAGAAGGGCUUUCUUGAAUAAAACACUGCUUUACAUGACACGUGGUGAUAUGGCUAAACCCUACUCCAACAGCUGUUUUUCAGGGGCACGGACCAGCAAAGCUGGGGUGGUUUGUUACCAUUGCUUCAGUCCCUUGAGAUACAGUGUUUCUGAUCCUGGGAACUAGACUAGAGACACAGUCCUGAUCCUGGGUGCUAAAUAUCAUCAUGGCUUGCUGUGUGCAUGGGAGGUAGACUUGUGCUCCAGUUUCCAUGACUGCCUCACCCUCCAAGGCCUAGUCCCCAGUGGGUGCUGUGUAUGUGCAGGUGUGGGCUCAGCCUUCAGCAGAGGGGGCCCAAGGGCUGGGGCAAGAGUCA